AUGCUCUACGACCUUAACAUCCCGUGGACACCCUCCACCUCACCCGCCGAACUCAACCGCACAAUCUCCUUCGCUUCUUCGCUGGGCUACUCAGUCGUCGCUCUCAAUAACACAAUAACGCCCCCAAUCCCCUCGCAAAUAACGAACCCCCUCCCUAAAUUUCCGUCCGCCUCUCCUUCGACAUCACAACAGCCACGGGCAAAAGCGCCAACUGUCCUCCACCGCGCGACGGUCCUCCUCUCCGAUCCUUCCCAGAAUUACCGUCUGCCCGCACUAGCAGCAGCUUAUGACCUCCUCGCCGUCCGCCCGACCACUGAGAAGGCCUUCCAGGCCGCCUGCCUCUCCAUGGCCGAGCCCUCGCUGAUAUCUCUCGACCUGACGCAGCACUUCCCUUUCCACUUCCGCCCAAAACCGCUAAUGGCUGCCGUGUCCCGCGGCGUGCGCAUUGAGGUGUGCUACGCCCAGGUCCUGUCCUCCCCGUCCGGCCAGGGCCCGACGGACGCCCGAGCCAGGGCAUGCUUCAUUUCCAACCUCGCCUCGCUCGUCCGCGCGACAAAGGGCCGGGGGAUUGUCGUUAGCAGUGAGGCCAAGAAUGCAUUGGGACUACGCGCGCCGGCCGAUGUGGUGAACCUGCUCGCCGUCUGGGGCCUAGGGAGCGAGAAGGGCACCGAAGCGCUUGGGGUCAACCCGCGCGGCGUGGUUGUCAAUGAGGGAAUCAAGAGGACCGGGUUCCGGGGUGUGGUGAACGUUCUCGAGGUUGGUGGGCGAGAGGGCGACGACGCGAAGAAGAAGGGCGAGGGGAAGAAGGGAGAGAACGCUGGCAAGGGAAAGCAGGGAGAAAAGGGCAAUAACGCCCAGAAGCGCAAGACCCCCGACGAGACGGGAGACGGGCCGCAGCCGGCGGUCAGCAAGCGGCAAGCCAAGAAGUUGAGGCUAGCGCAAAAGGAAAAGGACAAGAGCUCAUCAUAG